AAUUACAGGUUGGAAGCCAGAAUAUUUCAAAGGGGAGGUGAAAAGGUUGGAGCAGAGUGACUGCUACAUAAUGAAGUGUCCAGUGAUCGCGUCCAGGCUGGGCCAAGAGAGUGUCCACUGCUGGUCCACAUUCAUUCAGCUAAUGGGCUCAGAGGCCUGGGGUGUCAUCCCAGCCAGAGAUGGAGGUCUUGUUCACAUCCCAAAGCAGAGACUGGAUCUGGUCAAAAGAGGUUCCUACUUGGAGGAAAGCCUGAGCCUAAAAUCCGAGUCCACCUGUUCCUUAACCUUCACAGUGACCGAAAACAGGGACUUUGCGUUGGUCGGCGUCCUGGCGGCUGGGGCACUCCAGGUCCAGCAAUGCCAGGAGGCCCAAGGAGCUCUGGGGACGCAGGCUUUCUAUAGGGUGGUUCUGAGCCUGGGGUUUGCUGAGAUGGCCGCCCCCAUCCUCUGGACGGUGGAGAGCUCCUUCCACUGUGUGGGUGAGAGUCACGGAGCUCCUCCAGGAGGAAUACGAUCUGCUGCCUUUUCCCAGCUCCAAACUGCAGGACCAGCUGCCUUUGGGGGCCUCCGGGAAGGGGUGCAUCCCCACGAGUCGUCAGUGGACCCAGCCAGGCACGAGGCCCCUCUCUUUCGCCACCGCUCUGCCAAAGGGAGUCCCACUCAGACCUCUGGCCAUGUCUCCUCCUCUUCAAAUUCCGACCAUUCCCCAGAGAAAGCGGGGCUCCCCGAGAGCUCCCACCUGAGUGCAGCCCAGCUGUCCUGCCUGGCUCACAGCCAUGAGCAGAGCCCCGCCUAGCUACCAGGAAGUCCCCUCCUGCUGGAAGUGUCACAGGGCCAUGUGGCUGCCUACUAGCCCAUGCGGGGGCCCUGGCAGGCCAGCAAGGAGGUCCAGCCAUUGACAAAGCCCUUGAUGACCAGCCUGGCUGAAGAGGUGCUGUGUUCCCGCCGCUCGCCUGGAGACCCCCCGGAAACACCCUCCAGGAUGGAAGCUGGGGGGCUACCCAGGGAGGCCAGAGGGCACCUGGACCUCUCAUUCCCAGAACCAAGUCAGGACCUGAAGGGGACACACGCUCCUUCUGGGGAUGGAUGCCACAGCACUGCCCCAGUGGUGAAUACUUCCGAGGUGUGGUGGCGGCAGCCAGGCCCCAGCGGCCGUCUGAGGGCCUCAGGACCGGAGCGCAAGGGGAGCCUGGCCGAGCCUAGAGACCCUUUCACUGCUGGCCAGGGUAGCCCCCGGCAGGAGCCAGCAGAGCCCACGUUGGCAACCAGCCCUGAGAGGCACAGGCCUCCUGAGCUUCAGAACAUCGCGGAGGGGCUUCUGAGAGACCCCCUUGCUGGGUUAGAUGUGUGA